AUGGCCAGCACCACACCGCCGCCAACCCGGCGCGAGAGCAACGCCACAGCCCCCGACGUGCCCCUCUCGCGCCCAUCCCUCGGCGUCUCCCUCUCGCCCAACUACGGCUCCGACUCGAGCGACGACGGUCUGCGCAUGACGCCCGCCGAAGCCCGCCGCUUCGCCCGCCGCAACCUGCGCCGCGCAUCGGCCACGCCGGACCUCGUCACCAGCCUCGUGCGCCCGCCGUCGCCCGAGGCCUUUUACAUCACGCCCGAGCUGCACGGCCGCAUGCGGCAGGGGGGCACGCUGCGGGGCCUGCGCCGCCGCACGUCGGGUGGUGCCGGCGGUGGUGCCAGCGGGAGUGGGAGUGCCUCGACGAUGAAUGCGGAUCGCCGCUCCGGACCGCUGCUGCCGCCGCACAAGUCGUCGCUCGAUAUCCCGAAACGAUACGGUGGGCAGUGCAUCUUCGACGUGUACUCGCUGGCCUAUGUCGCGGAGCCGGAUGCCAACCUGCUGUGUCCGAUUUGCCACGACCCGCUUGUUGACCCCGUCACGACACCAUGCGACCAUACAUUUUGCUACAGAUGUAUUCGACGAAGCAUAGCCUCCAGUCCGUCUGGUACGGCCUGCCCCAUUGACAGAGAGCCGCUCUUCUGGGCAGACUGCUUCAGCGCCGCCCGCCUCAUUCGCACACAGCUUAACGCGCUGGUCGUCAAGUGCCCGUACACCAACAGAGGAUGCACAAAAGAGCUACGCAGAGAAAUGAUUGAGAAGCAUGCUUCCAGUGAAUGUCGAUACCGGGAUUACUACUGUCCGGACAAGGACUGCACCAAGAAGCUGGCCUCGAAACCGACCGACGAUGUGUGCCACCACAAAGAGACGUCGUGCGCGGCGUGUUUGGAAAGGAUCGAAGAGGUGGACUCCGAAGUACACCUGUUAUCCUGCCCCAAGAGCAAAACGAGAUGCGAAGCGUGCUGGGAUAUGGUGGUGCGGUCACAGAUGGAUGCCCACCGGGACCUCGAAUGCGACGGGGUCGAAGUCGGUUGCCCCUACCAAAAUCUCGGCUGUCCUGCCCGCCUCAUGCGCGGGCAGAUCAGCACGCACACGAUAUGCUGCGCGUUCCACCCCGAAACACCGUCGGGCAUCAUCAUCCGCUCGCAGCGCGACGUGAUCCAGUCGUACGGCGACCUCAGCAGCCAGCUCCGCGACCUGCAGACCCGACAGGCGGAGACGACGCGCCAGCUGGACGACAUGUCCGUCAGCCGUCGUUUCGUCAGCGGCAGCUCGGCUGGUGCAAGUGCGGCCGGCGGCAUCGGCGAGGCUUCCAUGAGCGACAGCUGCCGGACGAUGCAGGACCUGGAUGCGGGCUUUGAAGAGGUCCAUCAGAACCUGACGCACCUCGAGGCGCGGCAGAGCAUGUGGACCCUCAACCAGGUGAUGCCGAUCCGCGAGGAGGUGACGGAACUCCGCAACAACAUUAAUAUGAUUCGCAUGCACGUCAACUGGCUGCUGAACCGCAGUCGCGAGGAGGGUCGCAUCCGUGCGGCCAACAAUACGGGGGCGGCCGCGGCGGCAGCAGCGGCCGCGGUCGCAACGGCGGCGGGCAUACGGAGGAACAGCGCGGGGGAGGGCAUCCCAAUGCUGCAGGAGAGAAGGCGGUCAUCGGGCAUGGAUGCAGAUGUGCCGCGAUUAUAA